GAUGCCACCGCCACAGGAGGAGCAGCAGCAGCCGCACCGGCCUCAAGGAGGCCGCCGUCCCCGCCCACCUCCCGCGCCGCCACCCAUGGCGUACUCCGACGACAUGGUGGCGUUCUACGACGCCUGGGUGGGCCGCGAGGAGCAGAUCGUGGCCGACCUCACGGCCGCGCUGGCCCUGCCGCCCCGGCGCCAGCGCGACGCGCUGGCGCCGCUCGUGGACGCCGCCGUCGACCACGUCGCCGCCUACUACGAGCACAAGGCCCGCCUCGCCGACCGCGACGUGGUGGCCGCUCUCGACCCGCGCUGGCUCAACCCGCUCGAGCGCACCUUCCUGUGGGCCUGGGGCUGGAAGCCCGCGCUCGUGUUCCGCUUCGUGGAGGCCGGCGGCGGCGGCGGCGGCAUGGGCCCCGCGCAGCGGCGCGCGCUCGAGGACCUCCGCGCCGCCACGGCGGCCGCGGAGCGGGGGGUGGACCGCGAGGUGGCGGCCGCGCAGGAGUCCCUGGCGGGCCCGCGCGUGCUGGCCGCGCUGCGCCGCCAGGCCCCGCGGGACGGGGGUGAGGCGGACGACGCCGUGGCCGAGGUCGGGCGCUCGCUGCGCGUGCUGCUGGGCGCGGCCGACGCGCUGCGGGAGCGCACGCUGCGCGGCGUCGUCGGCCUGCUGGCGCCGGACCAGGCGGGCGCGUUCCUGGCGGCCAUGCUCAGGUUCCACCUCGGCGUCCGCCGCGCCGGCCGCGACUGGAGCCCCGGCCAUCGGGGCGUCUAAUGCGCAUCGUGUCAAAACGGCCGUCGUCAAGCUAAGUCUCAGGUUGGUCUCAGGAGCUCAAAGUCCAGCGUCGUCGUGUGUCAGCGUCAAGAGUCAGUGAGGUGGUCGGAGUCUCUGUUUUCGUUUUCCCGGUCGGUUGGUACUUCGUGUGUCUGUAGCGGAUUUCAGAGGAUCUAUCAAUGGAAUCUGGUGAGUUCGUGUCCAACUGUAGGGUUGGUCCAAGCAAAAGCGUGGGCAUUUGCAGUUUUGCACUUGUUCAGUAUUCGCA